CAACAAUCCCACAGUUUGCCUCUCCCGAACUCCUUCGAACCCAAGAUCACACUUCCAGUAUCUAUCUCACAGCAGACAACCAGAAUGGUCAACCUCGCAGGUCUCACCGUCGCGAUCAUGGCCGUGUCCCUGGCCCCCCCGGUCGCAGCGAGAAACUGCAAGACGGGCCUCAAUUAUUGUGGUUACAAUCUUCUCAAUAUCGGGAACUACGCCGCGCAGAUUAACCAAGCCCUUUCCGACGCCAGGCAGCCCGGCGAUAAUACCCACAUCCACGAAUCGAUCUUCCACUGCAACGGAGGAUCCAACGGCGACAUCACUUGGCUUGCCUACUGUAGCUCUGGGUGCAAGGAUGGUGGGUCCGGGAAGAGCGAUUUCUGCUAGACGGGUUGGUUGUGGGGAGAAGAUGAGGCUUGUCUUGUUGGGAGUAUGUCCUGGCUUAUGCGCGCAUUCUAAGAAUCAAGUCAUUGCAG